AUGGCCAAGGAUUGUCAACAAGACAGAGACGACGUAGUCGAGAAGACCAAGUCUCUAUUGGAGGUGAUGAUGACGCUGCUAGUGUGGAGGUGGCAGCAGCAGUCUGACCGAGCUCGCUCGCUCUGUGCUCAGUUUUACUUCGGGGACAGCAACCUGCUGAAAGAUCGUUUCCUGAAGGAGGCUAUCGAGAAAGACGACCUGGGGCUCGUUCCCAUUGAGGUGCUGAAAACCUUCAACAAGCUCAAGGUGCUCACCGAUGGCAACGAGGAGACGAUUCGAGAUGCAGCAAAGACAAGCAAGGAGCUGCGGGUGAGCGAAGACGGGAAGAGAAUAGGACGGUUGAAGCCUCUCCCUCGGCUCGAUGACACCAGGCCGAGGACGAUCUAUGUUGAGGGGAUUGCUCCAUCUUCUACACACGAGGAGAUCAGCAGCUUCAUGUCAAAGUGGGGAAAAGUUUGCUACGUCAGUCUCCCAAGGUUCAAAGACCAGGACGGAAAUCCUGGCAAGACGAAAGGGUUCUGUUUUGUGGAGUUUGAGCAUGUGGAGGAGGCAAAGAAAGCUGUUGGAAGCAUAAAGGAGGAGCAGCAGAAGCUGUCCAAGGACUGCGAGAGUUUCUUGAAGGCCUUGGAGAAGGAGGAGUGGGAGAGAAGCAAGCUGGAGUAUCGCAAGCAGCAGCAGCAGCAGCACUUGGAGGAGACUCGCCCUCACCGUCUCUUCGACCCUGGCCUCGUUCUCCGUUUCUCGGGUAUUGGAGUCACGCCAACGUCAUCCAAAGUUAAGGAAACUUUCGAGGCCUUUGCUCCCAUAAAAGCAUGGGACGUCACUACCAUCAGUGAGAAGGGAGCUGGAGAGCAGAAAUUCUUUGGGAAUGUUCGUUUUGACGACGCGAAGGGGGCGCGGAUAGGAAACAACGCCUGGGAUCUUGUCAGAUUGAAGUUGUCGGUUCGCGUCACUAUGAUGUUGUGA